AUGACUUCUAAUAGUGAAAGUCAAGGCGAAUGGUAUACAACUGAUUGUGGCAGAACGCAAUUUACAUUACCUGUACGAUAUCAAAAUCUUGUUCAUAUUGGAUAUGGAGCUUCUGGUACUGUAAUUCGUGCUACAGAUACAGAAACAGGGAAAUAUGUUGCGAUUAAAAAAAUCUUCCAUCCUUUUCGAAGUCAAAUGCAUGCAAAACAAACUUAUCAAAGACUUAAACAACUUAUGUAUCUUAAUCAUCCUGAUGCACAAGUUGUACAAUUGUACAAUGUGUUUACACCAGAGAGAAAUAUCGAUGAUUUUCAAACAUUAUACUUUGUGCUUAAUUAUGUUGACUAUAAUCUAUCUCGAGUUAUCAAACGUAAUGUGCCGUUUACAGAAGACCAAAUAAAAUAUAUUAUUUAUUCACUUCUUCGUGGCUUAAAGUUCAUUCAUUCAGCUGGUAUCUUUCAUCAUGAGUUGAAUCCAAGUGAUAUUGGAAUGGAUAAAAAUACAAAUAUUGCAUUUUUUGAACGUGGUUUGAUGCAUAGGACACUGGAUCCUGAGAUUCGUAGUCAUAUUCAAUGCAGAUGGGGGCGCGCACCUGAAACAGCACUUUGUGAGAGAUAUAAUGGUGAUAAAAUCGAUAUAUGGUCCACCGGUUGUAUAAUGGCAGAACUCAUCCUGCUUCGACCAAUUUUUCGUGGAACAGAUCUUCUUGAUCAGUUCGACAAAAUAUUUGAUAUUAUCGGUACACCAGACUUAGCAAUAUUAAAUGAUAUAUUCAUACCAAUAACAAAAACACUGACAUCAGGUGUAUCACCAGAAGGUAUUGAUUUCCUUGAUUGUCUGCUAACUUUUGAUCAUCGUACACGUCCAACUGCUGAAGAAGCUCUAUCUCAUCCAUUCUUGAAGACUUUCCAUGACCCCAUGGAUGAACCAACUAAAGAAUUUUUAGUUGAUGAACAUCAGGCUAAAGUAUAUAGUACAGCAGAAUGGAAAUCAAUAAUAUGGCAAAUGAUAGAAGAAUUUGUACCACCAUCUUGGAUUAAUGAUGAAGAUGAUAUUGCUGAUGAUUGA